GUGUUCCAUUGACAUUUUUCACGUAAUGGUGUAACUCUUCCACACACAGGAGAUAAGACUACUUGGAUUUAGUUCACCAACGGUACUAUCAGUGAUCUGUCAUCAUAACGCAGCACUUACAAUGACGGCCCUGCCUAUACUCUCACUCCUAUCUGUACUGGUGGUGUGUCUCGGUGAUUGUGGUGUGGGCUGGGCGGAGUUUAAUGGGGAAUGCCUUUACUUCAGCCACGAUAAACAUACAUGGGCGGACUCUGCAGCAAAAUGUCAUGCAUUUAACAAAAGCUACAUGGUAACAGUAGACAACCAACAGAAAGCAGACUACAUCAACAUGCUCCUCAGUACCUACCAUCAUUUUCACCAAAUCGGCUUCUGGUUGGGAGGUACUGACUAUAUAAAGGAGGGGGAGUGGCGAUGGAGCGAGACCGGAACUGACAUUGGUUCCUUCAAUCAGUGGGGACCCGGAUACCCAGAUGGUAAUCACUCACACGACUGCAUGCUGCAAAACUUCAACGGGGAUAAUUCCAUGUGGAUCGAUACGAACUGUGCCAGACCACACUACUAUAUCUGUGAACACGCUGCCCCAACAUCUGUGAUUGGUUGACAGUAAGACGCAUGUGUAAGAAGACACUGUGUUGCUAUUAAUUAAUAAAGUCAAAAAUCAUUAUGAAAA